AUGGAAUCUGAUAUUUAUGCACUCGCUAUCACAUUCCUCGAGAUUACAACUAAUCUCCAUUUGGACACUGAUGCAGAGUAUAGGGUGAAGUAUAAAACAUUUCAGAUUCCAGAUCGUUUCUUUGAUGGACGAAGUGACGAACUCCGCAGUUUGAUUCAGAAAAUGAUGAACCUUGAUGCCUCGAAACGUCCAUCGUGUGUUGAGUUGUUGAAUGAACCACGGAUCUUCGAGAAUCUUACAGAAAGAGAAAAGAGAAGCUUAAAGAUUAGAGGGGAAUCUGAAGAACCAGCUUCCGAGUGUUCUGAAAUCCGUAAUGGUUCAGUUUCACCGGAAGUUCCAAAGAGUCCAAUUACUAAGAAACCUAGAACUGUUUCUCCAAAAUCUAAAACUCCUAAAAUCUCUCCAAAGAUUUCAGGCUCUCCUUCUACACCAGUCCGACAGCCACCUCCAGUGCUCAAUUUUUCCAGUCCAGAUAAUUCGCCGCCAUCGACUCCACUAUCCAAUCGGAGAAGACCAAUGGCUAGUACAAGACUGUCGCCAAGAGUAUUGGAACUCUGA